GAAACUGCACAGGACACCACAAAGGAAAACUGCAGAGGAAUUCAGUCCUGUUUGGCCUUUUUUUUGAACAAGUACUAAAAUAGAACGUGAAUUCUAGUGGGGUGGGGGGGGGAGGUGGUGCUGUACUGGGGACACUGGCGAAAUGAGAGGACAGUGGAUCGCGAGUUUCCCAUUGGCACUGACGUUACUCGAGCUGACAGCCUGUUUGCCUGGAAAUUUGCCUGGGGACCAGCGCAGAAUAAAUCGCUGCGACAGGAGAACACUCGUCAUGAGCAAGACUCAGUGUCGCUCCUGCCCCUUAAACACCAGGCUGAAAUGUCCACAUGGUUACAAUCAGAUAACUAAUAUGUCCGGUAUCAUGGACUGCAAGUAUCACAUUUCACUCCGGGUGUACUCCCUAGCUGUAGUUGGCUGUCGUCAUACUUGCACCAAGGAGUUCCUGGAGGCUGAGUGCUGUCCCGGUUACUGGGGACCAGACUGCAUGGAAUGUCCAGGAGGAGCAACAUCCCCUUGCAGCAACAGAGGAGAUUGCUUCGACGGCAUGGGAGGGGAUGGCGUGUGCAAUUGUAAGGAUGGCUUUGCGGGAGUAGCCUGUGAGAAAUGUGCAAAAGAGAGCACAUACGGUUCUGACUGUGCUUCAGAGUGUGAAUGUAUUCAUGGAGACUGCAAAAAUGGAAUUACAGGAGAUGGCAAGUGCACAUGUUAUUCAGGCUACACAGGGACUAAGUGUGACCAGCCCAUUCCCGCUUGUCGGGCGCUACAGUGCCCUGAAAAUACAAGAUGUUCUGAGGAAGCAGCGACUGGAAAACUAGUGUGCGAAUGCUUACCUGGUUACCAUACCAAUGGGAGCACAAACUGCGAACCAAUUAAUCCUUGUCUUCAUAAUGCCUGUGGCUCCAAUGCAGUGUGUACCUAUCUUGCACCCAACACUUUCACCUGUAAUUGCCAUGAAGGUUACCACGGCGAUGGUCAGAUCUGUCUACCCAUUGACCCGUGCCAGAAAAAUUUUGGCAACUGCCCCACAAACUCAACGGUUUGCCGAUACGAUGGCCCUGGAAAGUCUCAUUGUCAAUGUCAGCAAGGCUACGAGAAUCUGUUGGCAGGAAUAGGAUGUAAACUAACUGACGUCUGCAAGACAAACAACUCGUGUGAUAAAAAUGCCAAGUGUGUCACAGUUAGCCCCGGACAGAUUGAAUGCACAUGCAAUGAAGCGUAUACGGGCGAUGGCUUUGACUGCUAUGGAAGUAUCAUGGAGAGAAUCAAGGACCUGAACACUCAGUCUGGAGGUCAAUGGCAGGGACGACUAACAUCAGCCAUGUUGUUUUUUGGUACUAGUUACUCCAAGCCACUGACAAAUUUGGGUCCUUUUACUUUAUUUGUGCCGACCAACAAGGCCUUUAAAGGAGUUGAUAUAAACAGGCUUUUAGCAGACAAGGACAGAACACAGUAUCUUGCAAAGCUGCACAUCAUUGCAGGCCAGCUAAGCAUCACAGAUUUAAAUGCCAUUGACUCAUUUUACACUUUGACUGGGAGAUCGGGAGUGACCAUACUUAGAGAGAAGAGUGACCAGCUAAAGCUGCGCAUUAAUGGAAGCAACAAAAAGGCACGGAUCUUAACUGGGAAUGUCAUUGCCUCCAAUGGCCUGCUACACAUUAUUGAUAAAUUGAUGGAUGGCGUUGAAACCACGGUUAAGAGCAGCAAGGAGAAAACCCUGUACACAAUAAUUUCAGAAAAUGGAAAGUUCAAGAGGUACAUGCAAUUACUACAGAAAUGUGAUCUUGCCCAACUCCUAGAAACUUCUGGACCAUUUACGGUUUUCGUCCCAAGCAACAGCGCUUUGGAUGGCAUGGAGGAUAGACCACUAGAUUACUUGCUUUCAGCAGAGGGCAAACGGAAGCUUAAGGAAUUGGUGAAACAUCACAUCAUUCCUGCAACCGAGCUGGAAGUUUCAAGUCUCCUCUCUUCACCCAACAUCCUGAGCUUAGCAAAUCAACUCGUGACACUGAAUGUGAGCUACAACGGGCAGAUUUUACUGGGUGACCAGGAUGCAGCUGUUGGUGACACAGACAUACUUGGCAAGAACGGAAGGAUCUACUCCUUGAAUGGUGUUCUGGUUCCUCCGUCCAUUCUCCCAAUCCUUCCACACAGAUGUGAUGACAAAACGUACAGGAUUACCAAGGGCCCUUGUAGAAGUUGUGCAAAAAUUUACAUCAGCUCUUGUCCAUCUGGAAUGGCUCAACUGGACACCUUUAGCCACGGGUGCUUUUACAUGAACAGUUUGAUGGGACUGCGUCUGCCAGCACAGGGUUGCAGUAGAAACUGCAAUGAAACAGUAACUGUACCAAAGUGCUGCAGAGGAUUCUACAGCCCAGACUGCAGACAAUGUCCUGGAGGUUUCCGAAACCCCUGUUCUGGCCAUGGACAGUGUGCAGAUGGUUUAGAUGGAAAUGGGACAUGUCUUUGCAAUGAUAAAUUUACAGGCUCCCAGUGUCACCUCUGCUCCGAUCGAGACAAGUACGGACCGAACUGUGACCAAACCUGUCGGUGUGUUCAUGGGGAAUGUGAUAACAAGGUGACUGGCAACGGAGCCUGCAAGUUUAACUCCUGCAAGGCGGGAUACAGUGGGAUCUUCUGCGAGAGGCAAACCGUGCCGUGUGGACCCAGUGUUCAGUUCUGUCACGCCCAUGCCAACUGCGAAUACAAGAACGGUGGCCUCAGCUGUGUUUGCAAGUCAAACUAUGAAGGUGAUGGAUCUUACUGUGAAGAGGUCAAUGCCUGCAGUCUGCCGGAUCGAGGUGGUUGUAGUCGCAACGCUGAAUGCAUUAGGACAGGAAUGGGAAUUUACUCAUGUCGGUGUCUACCUGGAUGGAAAGGAGAUGGCGAGGAUUGUACUGAAAUCAAUAACUGUCUGCUGGAAAAUCAAGGAGGAUGCCAUACCAAUGCAAAAUGCAUCCACCUGGGGCCUGGCCAGAGUGACUGUGAGUGCAGGAAGGGAUUUCGUGGUAAUGGCUUAGAAUGUGAGCCGAUAAAUCCAUGUUUGGAAGAAAAUGGAGGGUGCCAUUAUCUGGCAACCUGUACAUAUAUAUCUCCAGGAACCAGGAGCUGCACCUGUCAGCAAGGAUAUGACGGAGAUGGUGUGCUGUGCUAUGGCAAUGCCAUGAUGGCUCUAUCCUUCAUUCCAGAGGCAGUGGAAUUUCUCAAGUGGGUGAAUGAUGCUUCUCAAAACCGACUGCUUUCAGAAACCACCAAUAUCACACUUCUCGUGCCCUCACAGAAGGCCAUUGAUGACCUGAAUAGUGACAAACGAGCAUUUUGGCUCAAAGCAGAGCAACUUCCAAGCCUGGUGAAACAUCAUGUAUUACAGGGAGUGUACAGCCUUACAGAUCUUCUAAAUUGUUCAUCUAAUUCACUGGUAACAAUCAAUUCAGGCGACCAUUUAUCCCUCACAAAAAUUAAUGAGAGCCCUAUAAUCGAAGGUGCUAACAUUCUCAAUGCUGAUAUUGCUUUUACAAAUGGGAUUAUGCACAUUAUUGACAGGGUUCUAAUACCUGAUCCGCUUAUGAGUGAUGUAUCGGUCAACCUGCUGUCUACGCUAAAUCAGAUGCCAGAGUAUUCCCGGUUUAGGAAUUUUGUCAUUCAACAGAACUUGACAGCACAGAUUGAAAGUGCCAGGACCUAUACUGUCUAUCCCCCAAAUAAUGACGCCAUUGAGAAGUACCUCAAGGAGAAAGCAGUUGAUGUUUUGGAUGAGGACCUUAUAAGAUACCAUGUCAUUUUGGAUCAAAAGCUAAUGGAAAGUGAUAUGCACAAUGGGAUGCACCGGGAGACAAUGCUAGGAUUUUCCUUUCAAGUUGGCUUCUUUCGCAGGAAUGGCCAGCUUCGUGUGAAUGACGCAUCUGUCAAUUUCACUGAUGUGGAAACGGACAAAGGAGUGAUCCACGGAUUAACGAAGGUUCUGGAGAUCCAGAAAAAUCGCUGUGACACCAACGAAACGACAAUGAUGCAGGGGAAUUGUAUGAACUGUCAACAAAAGCUUGAAUGCCCUCCUGGGUCCAGCCUUAUGCCGGGAAAAAAGAAGAACUGCAUCUUUGUCCGGUACCUGCAAGGGAAGAGGUUAAUGUAUCUCGGUUGUAUGACAAACUGUGUGAAAACCGUCAUCACUCGAGGGUGCUGCACUGGCUACUUUGGGAAACAAUGUCAAGCGUGUCCAGGAAAAGCUACAAACUGGUGCUUUGGAAAUGGCAUUUGCCAAGAUGGUAUUAAUGGCACCGGGACAUGCGAAUGUGAAGAAGGAUUUGCAGGGACAGCAUGUGAGACCUGCGUUGAUGGACAGUAUGGAAUACAUUGCGAUCAAGAGUGUAGGUGCGUUCAUGGCAAAUGCAAUGAAGGACUCAAUGGGGAUGGGACUUGUGAAUGUGACCUUGGAUGGAGAGGAGUCAACUGCAAUAUUCAAAUCACUGACAGCCAGUGCAAUAACACUUGUCAUUCAAGUGCCAACUGCAUCGCUGAAACACCUGGCAGCCCACGCUGUAAAUGUACAGCUGGCUUCAAAGGCAAUGGCACGUUCUGUGAAGCUGUGAAUGCAUGUGAGAUGGAUAAUGGAGGCUGCUCACCAAAUGCGGACUGCAAAAUAACACUCCCCGGGCAAAGAGAUUGCGCCUGUCGAACGGGAUACACUGGCGAUGGACUUGUAUGCCUUGAAAUCAACCCUUGCCUAGAGAAUAAUGGAGGAUGUCACACAAAUGCUGAAUGCACACAAACUGGGCCAAACCAGGCAGCAUGCAACUGUUUGCUUGGCUAUCAAGGUGAUGGAAAGACCUGCGAACCAAUUAAUCCCUGUCGCGUGGACAAUGGGGGCUGCAGUGAAUUUGCUAAGUGCAAUCACACCGGACCAAACGAAAGAGUGUGUAGCUGUUUGCCGAGUUACAUUGGCGAUGGGCUUACCUGUAAAGGUACCAUAUACAAGGAGAUGACGAUGAACUCAGCCACUACCCGUUUCUUCUAUCACCUUCAGCUUAAUCAUGUCACCGAAUUCGGUGGUUCGGGCCCUUUCACUGUGUUCGUUCCGAGCAAUGAGGCUUUUAAGAACGAAGUUCAGAUAUCAAACUGGACGGAAAAAGGACAAAUGGCCCAGGUUCUCCGUUAUCACAUCGUGGCGUGUAAUCAAGUGCUGUACAAUCAGCUAAUCUCCACGAAAACCCUCACCACCGUUCAAGGAGAAACCAUACAGUUUUCCUACGUAAAGAAUGUCUUGUAUCUAAACAAAGAAGCCAGGAUAAUAAACAGCGACAUUAUCAAUGCCAAUGGCGUGGUCCAUUUCAUAGACAAGCUACUCUCGCCUCAAAAGAUGCAGAUUAUUCCGAAGGAUGUAGUGGGCUACCAAUACCUGAAUUUCACAACAGUGGCAGCACAGAAUGGAUACUCCCUCUUUAGCAACCUAUUAGAGGAAACAAAUGUACUGAAUAUGAUUAAUGACCCAAUUCACAAACCAGUGACCCUCUUCUUGCCAAAGGACAGUGUCAUGAAAUCCUUACCCAAAGCUCGAAAGGAUUUCCUGUAUAACAAGGACAACAGAAAAGUUCUGAUCGAGUACCUUAAAUUUCAUAUCAUCAGAGAUGCCAAGAUUCUGGCAGCUGCCCUUCCUAAAGUUGACUCAUUGAAGACGCUGCAGGGUUCUGAUCUCCGGGUGAGCUGUGCUCGGCGAAGAAGUAAAGGGGAACUGUACCUGAACAGAAGGAAUUGUAAGAUUACACAGAGAUACCUGGAGUUUGAUGGUGGCGUCGCCUAUGGCAUCGGCUGUCUGAUGACUCCUCCAAGCAUCGGUGGUCGUUGUGACAUCUUAUCCCUUGUUGACGUUAUGGGAGACUGCGGCAGCUGUCUAACCACUCCAGCAUGUCCUUCUGGGAGUCGACCAAAGGGAGAGAAAAACAAGUGUACCUACCGCAGCCUUUUCUACGCAGACAUCGAUGGCUGUAACCAGCAAUGUACCUUUGUGACAUGGAAGCCCAAAUGCUGCAGCAAUUACUUUGGAAAAAAUUGUAAAGCUUGUCCAGGAGGUCCUGAAAAUCCAUGCAACUCCCACGGUGUGUGUGACGAUCAGUACACAGGCACUGGCAAGUGCCAAUGCUCAGAUGGAUUUCAUGGCACUGCUUGUGAGCUGUGUUUGCCUGGGAGAUGGGGAACGGAGUGUACAGCCUGUGAUUGUGCUGAAAAUGGAGUCUGCGAUGAUGGCAUCAAUGGCCAAGGAAUAUGUUUCUGCAAUGAAGGGUGGACUGGAAACCGCUGUGAAACACAACUAGCUGUGAAGCCAGUGUGUUCACCUGCUUGCUCUGAAAAUGCAAUCUGCAAGGACAAUAAUACAUGCGAGUGUAAGCUGUACUACGACGGUGAUGGAAGGACAUGUGUGGUUGUCGAUCAGUGUGCCCAGAAUAACGGGGGCUGUUCAGAAUUUGCCAAGUGCUCUCAGAAUGGUGUAAGCGUCAGCUGCAACUGUGAGAAAGAUUAUUCCGGAGACGGCUAUACCUGUGAUCCAAUAGACUUAUGUGCGGAUGGAUACAAUGGAGGUUGUCAUGAGCAUGCGAUCUGCACAGUGACAGGGGCAAAUAAACGAAAAUGUACAUGCAAAGAUAAUUAUAUUGGGGAUGGGACUAAUUGCACUGUAAAAGAGCUCCUCAUUAAUCGAUGCCUGCAAGACAAUGGAAAUUGUCACACAGAUGCCAACUGUGUUGACCUGCAUUUUGAGGACAAAACAGUGGGAGUGUUCCACCUACGAUCUAAGAAGGGACAGUACAAACUCACCUAUUCAGAAGCGCAGCAAUUAUGCAAAGGAGAGGAAGCAGUACUAGCCACGUACAAUCAGCUUGCCUAUGCUCAACAGGCGGGCUACCAUCUCUGUUCGGCUGGUUGGCUGGAUGGUCAGAGAGUAUCUUAUCCAACCAGUUACUCCAAUCCAAACUGUGGCUCUGGCUAUGUGGGAAUAGUAGACUAUGGCUUCCGAUCCAGUGAUCUUGAAACAUGGGAUGUUUUCUGCUACCGAAUGAAAGAUGUGAAAUGCAUGUGCAAGAAAGGUUAUGUGGGAAAUGGCUAUUCGUGUAAUGGGAAUCUGCUGCAAGUUCUAACAGCCAUCAACCAGUUUUCUUCCUUUCUUACACAACUUCUCAAUUAUUCGAACACCACGUUCAAUGGCAGAAGGUUUGUGGAAGUUCUGACUGAUCUGUCGGUCAAAGGCACACUGUUUGUUCCAGUGAACUCUGGGUUCCAUGAAAAUGUGACAUUGUCUGGACGGGACAUCGAAUACCAUUUUUCUAAUCACAGUAGCUUCUUAUACCACAAAAUGGAAAAUGGAACCCUCGUCCUGAGCAAGAUCGGUUACACCCUGCUCAUAACGGUGGCAAAAAACACCUACCCUCCAAGUCCAGAGUUCAAUCAGCAGAUUGGAAAGCUGGUGAAUGACCGACCAAUUAUUGCCUGGGACAUAAUUGCAUCAAAUGGCAUCAUUCAUGCUAUAGACAAGCCUUUACAAGCACCUCCUGAACCAGUUAAACCUCUUGCUGUUCACACUGGAGCAGGGGUAGGGAUUUUCUUUGCCUGUACCCUGGUAAUAGCUGCUUUGGUCGUAGCUGUAUAUUAUUACUACAACCACAGAAGAGGACCCUUCAGCUUCCAGUAUUUCAAGUCCGACGAAGGAGAAGAUGUGGCCUCAUUUGACGACUCGACUCCCAACAGGUUCAGUAACCCGAUGUACAACAAGUUCACGUCUUCUACAGACAGCAGUGAAGACCCUUUCUGUGAUGAACAUCGCCUGGCAACAAAUAAUGAUCAUGAGCAAUAGCAACACUGUCAACAUUCUGUGUGUACAUCAUUACCAAAGAAAUUUUGAACACUAAAGAUUUGGCGGUCAUUGUAAGCUGUCUUGAGUGCAGCAUUGUGAUCUAUCUUGAAUGAACAAUGGGACCUAUAGGGCCAGGGAGCAUCUUUGGUUAGUCAUCCAAGGAUGGGUUGAUGAAAAUUAAAUUUAUAUUUUACAGAUAUUAUAGUCUUCUUUGGAAAACAACCAAAUUAACAGAAUAGCGAUAUAAGAUUGUAAUAUUUAGCUGACUAUUGUAAUCUAUUAAAGUGGAGGUAUUCAAACGAAAAAUGUCCUAAAGCUCAUGCUAGUAAGAAACCUUUGGAAAAUAUUGUCUAAAGAUAUAUUUGGCUAAUUGUUUUGAAUUUGGAUUAAAGGCCUCAGAUACAUCUUUAAA